AUGUCUCGAACUACACAGAUUACUUCCCUCAGCAGGGACCACGAUCUAGAGAGUUCGGUAACAACUUCAAUCCAGCUCCAGUCGUUCCCACAAAGCGAGAUUCAGCAGCGCGAUACACACCGCCAUGAAGCUUCUGAUAGGGAGCUGUCAGAUAUAGAUCCGGUACUAGAAGCCUCUCGCGCCGCGGACAAUGAUGUGCCGGAUGGUGGUUACGCUUGGGUCGUUAUCUUCGCUUCCGCCAUUGUCUGUUUUUGGUUCACCGGCAAUGGCAACUAUACCUGGGGUGUCAUACAAAAUGCUCUUCUUGAACAGAAGUUAGCAUCGGCAGCUACGUUAUCCUUCAUUGGAUCUCUAUCCCCUACUAUUAUGGCUGCCUUGGCCAUCAUCAAUGCCCGCGUGAUCCGGUGGCUGGGUAUCCGCGUGAGCGCCAUACUUGGAAUCGUCCUCCUUGGAGUCGCCCAAUUGACGAGUGGAUCUUCCACGCAUAGUGUGGCCGGGCAGUUUAUUACACGCGGCGUUGGUGUCGGCCUUGGCAUGAGUUUGUGCUUCAUGGUGACCUCAACAAUCCCAGCGCAAUACUUCAGCCGGAAGCGCGGCCUUGCAAACGGGAUCGUCUCUGCUGGCGGCGGUCUGGGAGCAGCUGUCCUCAGCUAUGUUCUGGAUGCCUUGAUUCAACGGUUUGGCGUUCAGUGGGCCUAUAGGAUUGUAGGAAUCAUGACUUUGGUCACCGGGCUUCCUGCCGCCUGGAUCAUGAAAGAGCGCACAACUCUCCCAAGAGCUAGCUUUAUUGAGUGGCGAUUAUUCAAGGACCUGAAAUUCGUAUUGAUCUUCGUUGCAGGAGCUAUUGCAACUUUCCCGCUUCUUGUACCAGCCUUCUUUCUCCCAUUUUAUAGCACUUCCAUUAAGCUGCCUUCAAGCACUGGUGCUGCUCUCCUGUCUGGUUACAACUUUUCGUCGGCCGUCGGCCGUAUCCUCGGGGGCUUCUGUUCAGAUAACCUGGGGCCUCUGAACACGCUCAUCAUCUCAUUAAUUCUCAGCGCCGUAAGCAUGCUUGCACUAUGGCCGGCUUCCACCACUUUAAUACCACUGGCAUUUUUCGCCAUCAUUAAUGGUGCCUCGAAUGGUAUGUAUUUUGCCACAGUGCCGACUGCUGUGGGCAACAUCUUUGGAUCUGCCAGGGUGUCUGUUGCUUUGGGCAUGAUUGUAACUGGCUGGGGAGCAGGCUAUCUGAUGGGAGCCCCAAUUGCGGGAUAUAUAUUGGACGAGCAUGGAGGAUCGGAUGCUGGUCUCAAGGCCUUUCGACCCGCCAUGUUCUACGCCGGCUCGCUCGCUAUGGGGGCGACUGGCUUUCUUAUACUUAUGAGAUCUCGGAUAAGCUCAUCGCUUUUAGCCAAGCUUUGA